AUGACCGACUGCAUGGACAUCGCCCACCCCCUCCACUCCGAGGUCUCGAGCCUGUCCUUUUCCUUCCUCUCGACCAGCGACAUUCGCGCGAUCUCGGUCAAGAAGAUUGACAACGCUGUCCUGCUUGACAACCUGGCACAGCCCACCCGCGGUGGUCUUUACGACCCCUCGCUGGGACCCAUGAACGCUCGUGAUGUCUGUGAGACAUGUUCCCUCACCGGCUUCCAGUGCCCUGGCCACUUUGGCCACAUUGAGCUCCCUUCCCCCGUCUACCACCCUCUCUUCAUGAACCAGUGCUAUCAGCUCCUGCGUUCGGUGUGUCUCUACUGCCACCACUUUAAGAUGCCCGAGAUUGUCCUCAAGCGCUACAUUGCUCGUCUGCGUUUGUUGGAUGCCGGUUGUCUCGAGGAGGCCCACUACGUUGCCAACUUCCACCCUGUUACCAAGGACAAGGGCAGCAAGGAGGAAGGCGACCCCACCGAGGAGGACAUGGACUCUGCCGUGCCCGCCGAGACUGCCGCCGAGUUUAUCCUGCGAAUGGAGGAGUACGUCAAGGCGGUUCUCAAGCACAAGAAGAAGAAGCACGUCCGUGACGACUACAAGGACGGUCUCGUCUUUGAGGAGCGCAAGCGCGUUCUGCACGAGUUUGGCAAGAAGCUUUGGGCCAGGUGUUCGCACUGCCAGGCUUACGGCAACUCGUUCCGCAAGGAGAAGGCUAUCAAGAUUGUCGAAUACGACCUCACUCCCAAGCAAAAGGUUGCCAACCACACCCUGGGCCUGAAGAAGCCCAACGCCAGCUUUGGCAAGAUUGUCAACAAGCGCAAGAUCAAGGCUGCUGCCGACGACGAGGGCAUCGAGGCCUCGUCUUCGUCCAGCGCCAGCGAGUCCAGCGACAAUGAGAUGGACGUCGACGAGGCUGAGGAGGAGCAGGACGAGGAAGAGAGCGAGGAGGAUGACGAGGACGAGGGCGUUCAGCUCGACGGUCGCGCCCGUACUGCCAGUGGCCAGAUCAAGGGCACACGCGGUCGCAACGAGCGUGUUAUGGCCGCUGCCGAGGUGCGCGACCACCUCCGUCGUCUGUUCCAGCUCGAGGCCGAGAUUUGUUCGCUUCUCUACGGCCGUCACGGUGGACCCCAGGCAAAGUCGACACACGCGCCCCCACCUCCCAUUGCUGACAUGUUCUUCAUGGACGUGCUCCCCGUCACCCCUACUCGUUUCCGUCCCGCGGCCAAGAUGGGCGACGACCUGUUUGAGAACUCGCAGAACUCUCUGCUCUCGGCUGUCAUCAACACUUGUCACCGCAUCCUCGAGGUCAACCAGAACCUGAUCGACUUUGACCGCCAGGAGAAGACAGAGGAACUCAUGGAGAUGCUCAAGAAGCUCGACAAGACCCGCUCGUUUGAGCUGCUCCUCGACUCGCUCAUCAAGCUGCAGCACGACGUCAACUCGUUCAUGGACAGCACCAAGAACCCUACCGUUAUGGCGCAGGGCAAGCUCCCUCCCCAGGGUGUCAAGCAGCUUCUCGAGAAGAAGGAGGGUCUCUUCCGCAAGCACAUGAUGGGCAAGCGUGUCAACUACGCCGCUCGUUCGGUCAUUUCGCCCGACAUUAAUGUCGAGACCAACGAGAUUGGUAUUCCUCCCAUGUUUGCCAAAAAGCUCACCUACCCCGAGCCCGUGACCCCCCAAAACGUGCACGAGAUGCGCCAGCUGGUCAUCAACGGCCCCAAGGUCCACCCCGGUGCUUCGCUCGUCCAGAACGAGGACGGCUCCAAGAUUUCGCUCGACCGCAUGUCGCCCGAGCAGCGUCUUGCUAUUGCCAACCAGCUCCUCACGCCGCAAAACGACGACCACGCCAGCGGUAGCGGUGGUCCUCAGGCUCGCAACAAGAAGGUCUACCGCCACAUCCGUGACGGCGACAUUGUCAUUCUCAACCGUCAGCCCACGCUCCACAAGCCCUCGAUGAUGUGUCACCGCGUCAAGGUGCUCCGUGGCGAGAAGACCAUCCGCAUGCACUACGCCAACUGUAACUCUUACAACGCCGACUUCGACGGAGACGAAAUGAACAUUCAUUUCCCUCAGAACGAGGUCGCUCGUGCCGAGGCCCAGAUGCUUGCCAACACCGACAACCAGUACCUCGUCCCCACCUCCGGUAACCCCCUGCGUGGUCUUAUCCAGGACCACGUGGUUGCUGGUGUCUGGAUGUGCAACAAGUCGUCGUUCUUCACCCGCGACGAGUAUUUCCAGCUUGUCUACGGUGCCCUCCGUACCGAGAACAACUACACUGGUCGUUCGCGCAUCAUCACCCUCCCCCCCGCUAUCUACAAGCCCAAGCCCAUGUGGACCGGCAAGCAGAUUAUUUCGACCAUCAUGACCAACCUCACCCCCACCAACGCCAAGGGUCUCAACCUUACUUCCAAGAACAAGAUCCAGAACAAGCUGUGGAUGCGUGACGACUCGUCCGACCCCGACAUGUCGGAGGAGAAUGUCAUCUUCGUCGACGGCCACCUUGUUUGCGGUGUUCUCGACAAGUCGCAGUACGGUGCCUCGGCCUACGGUCUCAUCCACUCGGUGCACGAGCUGUACGGCCCUUACAUUGCCAACCGUCUCCUUGGUGUGCUCUCGAGGUUGCUCACAAAGUACCUCCAGCACACUGCGUUCACCUGUCGUAUGGACGACCUUAUCCUUACCGAUGAAGGCGAGGCUCUUCGCCAGAAGAUCUUUGACGACGCCAAGGAUGACGGCACCAGGGCCGCGAUGAAGUAUGUUGGUCUCCCCGAGGACUCCAAGGUCGACGACCCCGAGGCCCUCGAGAACAUGCGCAUCCGUCUCGAGGAGAUCCUUCGCGACGACCACCUCAUGGCCGGUCUGGACGCUGCCAUGCAAAGUGUCUUCAACAAGACGACUUCCAAGAUUAACAAUGACGUCCUCCCCGCACACCUCAUCCGUCCCUUCCCCGACAACAACAUGCAGACCAUGACCAUUUCCGGUGCCAAGGGCUCCAAGGUCAAUGCGUCGCAGAUUUCCACUCUGCUCGGUCAGCAGGCGCUCGAAGGCCGUCGUGUGCCUACCAUGGUGUCGGGCAAGACGCUGCCCGCGUUCAAGCCCUUUGACACGUCGGCUCGUGCCGGUGGAUAUGUCGCCAACCGUUUCUUGACGGGUGUCCGCCCCCAAGAGUACUACUUCCAUUGUAUGGCUGGUCGUGAGGGUCUCAUCGACACCGCCGUCAAGACGUCGCGUUCCGGUUAUCUCCAGCGCUGUCUUAUCAAGCACCUGGAGGGCGUCAAGGUCCACUAUGACCACACUGUCCGUGACUCGGACUCUUCGGUCCUGCAGUUCAUGUACGGUGAGGACGCCAUCGACGUCACAAAGUCAAAGCACUUGCAAGAGUUUGACUUCUCUUGCCGCAACCACGAGUCGCUCAUCCAGCGCUUCCGCCCCCAGGACCUCGUGGGCAAGGUUAUCAUGGACGAGGCUGUCGACUACACCAAGAAGGCGCUCAAGAAGCCCUCGAAGUAUGAGCCCGCCAUGUCCGUCUACUCGCCUUCCCGCUACCUUGGUUCCAUGUCCGAGGCCUACGUCAAGCAGGUCAACGACUAUAUCAAGGACAACAAGAAGGGUCUUAUCCGUCGCAAGGGCGGCGAGGCGGCUCAGACUGCUUCCCCUUACUCGGCGACCAAGCUCGGCGAGCGCGACUUCCAGCAGCUCGCUCGUGUCCGCUACAUGCGCUCGCUUGUCGAGCCCGGAGAGGCUGUCGGUCUCCUUGCCUCGCAGGGUGUUGGUGAGCCGUCGACACAGAUGACGCUCAACACUUUCCACUUGGCUGGUCACGGUGCCGCAAACGUUACCCUCGGUAUCCCCCGUCUUCGUGAGAUUGUCAUGACCGCUGCCCAGAAGCCCGCCACCCCCACCAUGAAGCUCCCACUUCGCGAGGAGAUUCAGGACAAGGACGUCGAGUCGUUUGUCAAGCAGGUCUCGCGUCUCAACCUCUCUGAAGUGGUGGAGAAGGUCACCGUUACCGAGCGUCUUUCAGGCAAGUCGGCCAACGCCAACAACUCGCGUCUGCGCAAGUACACCGUCAACCUGGCCUUCUACCCUACCGAGGAGUACUGCGAAGAGUACCAGAUUACAAAGGACCAGCUCCACGAGUCGCUCGCAACGUCGUUUGCCGCUCAGCUCAAGAAGGAGAUUGUCGCCGAGCUCCGCAACGCUGUCAAGACGGCCGAGCAGGACAAGGCCGUUGGCAAGGGUCUGCGUUUGCGCAACGACGACGCCGACGAAAGCGCCCCUGCCCGCCGUGGCCGUGACGACGAGCUGGACGAUGAUGACGAGGACGCCGGCCAGCUCAAGCGUGCCCGCCAGUCCAAGCAGCACGAGUAUGACGAGGACGAGGCUGAGGAUGCUGGCGUUGUCGACCUCGAGGACAUUAUCGAGCGCGACGGCGAUGACGAGGGCGACUCGGACGACGACAUGGACGGUGACGCUGCUACCAAGGCGGCACUUGACCGCCGUGCCGACGGUUUCUCCGAGCUCUUCAUGAAGGCCGCCAAGUACGCCACCAGCUUUUCGUUUGACAGCCACAACGGUGCUUCGGCCGAGUUUGACCUCGAGUUCCCCGGCCAGGCUCCCAAGCUCCUGCUCGUUGACAUUAUCGAGCGCGCGUGCCGCGAGUCGGUUGUGCACGAGGUCGACAGCAUUGGCCGCUGCAUGAAGAUCUUCAACGACAAGGGCGAGUUUACCCGUCAGCUCAUCACCGAGGGCUCCAACAUUCGCGGCAUGUGGGCACUUGCCGACGAGCUCAUCGACCUUGACAAGAUUGGGUCCAACGAUGUCUACGCCAUUCUUACCACCUACGGUGUCGAGGCCGCUCGUCGUGCCAUCAUUGACGAGAUGGGUGGCGUGUUCGGCGCUUACGGUAUCGGAGUCGACUACCGCCACCUGACGGUCAUUGCCGACUACAUGACCCACAACGGUGGCUACCGCCCCUUCAACCGUACGGGUAUUAGCUCCAAGUCGUCGCCUUUGCUCAAGGCCUCGUUCGAGACUACCGUCGCGUUCCUCUCCGAGGCGGUCCUGCACGGUGACUACGACGACCUCAACUCCCCCGCGGCCCGUAUCGUCAUGGGUCGGCCAAGCACUUCCGGCACGGGCGCGUUUGACAUUCGCGCCCCCAAGCACGUCUAG